ACCGGAGUGAUAAACCCGACCCAGGCCCAAUUCUUUAAGCCUACCUUGAUGGGAUCUAAACUCACCGAUUUUGUUGGAACGUAUCGUGCAAAGCAUUUUCCCAUAUCAAUACGCCUGGCUGCUGCCUGUCGUCAUCUAAUAGAGACGCUUGGCGAACUUGAAGCUUAUGCAGCCAUUUUGGGCCCGAAUGAUAGCCCUACGGCAGGAAAUAAUCGGCCACUGCAUGCAGCUGUGCUGCGACGCUACGAACGUCUCUGGCUACCUCUAGCCGCCAUUCAUGGCCUGACUAGUGGUGCACCAGUUGAUGUCGAAUGGGCUUGGCUCGCUCACAUGAUGGAUCCACUAGCCUAUCGACAAGACUGUCAAAGGUAA